AUGCGGGCCUCCUUCGACCUCGGCGGCCAUAUAUUUGUUGGAGGGAAGGGCAUGGAUCACCUCAACCAGUUUUGUGAUAUACUUCAUGAUUGGUGGAUCAAGUACCGCCGGCUGGAUCCCAAUUUGCCUGUUUACGAGGACUUUGAUGAGUCUGACUGUAGGUUUCUCAUCCCUAUUGCCAUCCAUGGUGAUGAGGGCCGUGGGAGAUACAAACGACCUAUCAUGAUAUUUAGCUUUCAGCCCAUCUUGACAAACUUCGAGGGCCAAGCAAACCUGAAAGGGGCUACAUAUCUGAAUCGUCUUCUUUUCACUGCAAUCCCAUCAAGCAUGUACGCCAAGAGUGACAAGACCAUUGAUACUUUGGUUGAAGCAAUGAUCUCCGAUUUCAACAGUCUGUACCAGCAUGGCUUUCGAGUGAUGACUCCUGAUGGACACGCGGUGGUCUUCAGGCCAGUUUAUGUGGGCUUAAAGGGUGACUGGCCAUAUGUCAGGAAGAUUGCAAAGUUGAGGACUGGCUUUCAAGCGACCAUUCCCCGGAAGUGCCAUUUGUGUGAUGUUGAAGACUUUUUGCCUACACAAUCGCAAAACCUUCGACCUGGCUACAACAACCCUUCCCCGUACAAAGAUGACCAUCUUCCUCUCAGUGAUCUUCCUGGAGGUUCAGCGCCAGAAAGGCUACGCACUGACCCGAUGCACACCUAUGCCAUUGGAUAUGGCAAAGAUGAAAAUGCCAGUGUGUUAGUGAUUUUGGAACCAAAACUGGUUGAGAUUGUCCAAGUCAUGAAGUAUAUGAACAAAGCGAGCUGCAAGUUUUGGCGGACCCUCUAUGCCAAUGGCAUCUUCCUAGAAAGGGAAGCUGCAGAAUGUGCGGUUGCUGCUGGAUGGCAAAUGAUCGACCCUAGACUUAACAAUAGACACCUGAAAAUUGGUUGA